AUGUCUCUCGAUCCCGUUACCAGCGGCCUCGGCCGCAUCCCAAAAGCCGAACCAACAAAACCCGUCAAAAACAUCCCCAAACUAGACCGAUCUGUGAAACAAGUUCACAAGCAAACAAAAGACCUUACCGACCCCAUCGUCCCCGGCGAGUUUCCUCGCGAUGAAGGAACCCCCCGUACCCAACACGAACCAACCCCCCCAUCAACCUUCACCGGAAUCUGGUCCAGCAUCACCGACUGGUUCUCAAAUCUAGUCCCAUCUCAGAUGGACCGAUUCGAGUCCUUUAUGAAAUGGCUCGUGAUGUACCUCAUCCCACCGUCGAAACAGUCGCAGGCCUUUGACGCAGCGAUGAAGAGACCUAUUUCGUCGACGUUUCUUAUAUGUCAGUUGAUUUGCUGUGGGGUGCCGUUGUUGGUGUUUUUCGCUGGGGUUUUCAUUUUUGCGGCCGUUUCGUUGAUUUUGUGGGCUCUAUUGUCAUUGUUGAUUCUUGGACCGGUUUUGUUGGUUGCUAGUAUGAUGGGUGUGUCACUUUGGGGGUGGGGGUGGGUGCUUUAUGGGUUGAUUGGGUGGGUUGAUCAGAAGUUUUUGGGGGGUAUGAUUAGUAGGUUCUGGCUUCCCAAGUUGGAAGCGCAGGCCGAGGAGGAGGGAGAGGGAGAGACAGAAGAGAAAAAGGAGGAGAAAAAGGAUUGA